CGCAUGGCUCCUCUGUGGAGGACAGCAAACUAUCCACCGCUUGUCAAACCAGGAACUUUGCAUCAAAGGGAACGCAGCAAUUACUGUAGAGCAUGUUUUAUCAUUAAGACUUGUUCUUUAUAAUUACAAUGGAACAGAACAGAGAGAGCCAGCAGACAGCUCACUAGCGCAAUACAUGGAGAAAUUAAGAUGAAAGCAGUUUGGUUCUUAAGGAACAUCCAGUUUGCUGGUCGGUUGGUCUUAGCAUCUGGCUGUGGAGCUUCAUCAUUUAAUGCGGUUCCCAUCUGGUGUUCAAGUUCAUAAAGCGCAAUUAAGUGUUCUUGCACUUAAGCAGUGAUGGGGAAGACCACCAUGUAGAGACAGAGAGGCAGUGGAGGCAACAGCAGAAAAGCAAGAAUGGGAAGCCACACAUGGAGCGGGUCUGGACUGCAGCCGUGGUGAGCCUGAGACCUACAGGACUUGCAACCAGCAUCAUUGCCCUUCUCAGGACCUGACCACUGGGGCUGUCCAACGCUCACCUGGAUGCUCCUCACUUGUGUUCCGUCAUCCCCUCCUCUCCUCGUUCUCUGCUACUCUUUUUCCUCUUCUUCAGUUUCUUCUCUUUGAUGGUUUUUGGUGUGAAGAUAUCUGACUGUCUCUCUUGAUAAAGAGAAGCUGCUUAUCGAUUGAUCCCCUCGGAUUCCCCCUCCUUUUUUAAUCUCUCUACCUGCCUCCUUUACCUUAGUGACAUUCUUUUUUUUAGUUUUUGAUGCCAUACCUAUUUUGGAUUUUGUUUGGAUGAGACUGAGCUCAUCUCUCUUUUUGAUUGACCUAUAAGCAAUAACAAACACUUAUCGAACUGACUUGAUUAUCUGACAUCAUGGGGGACAUGUCGAACAGCGAUUUUUAUGCCAAGAACCAAAGAAAUGAGGGCAACCAUGAGGCAGGCUUCGGUUGCUCGGUCAUGGAGCUGCGCUCCUUGAUGGAGCUGCGUGGCACAGAGGCGGUGGUCAAGCUCCAGGAGGACUACACUGGCACAGAGGGACUGUGCAAACGACUGAAAACCUCACCCACAGAAGGUCUCGCAGGUGACCAAACUGACCUGGACAAGAGAAAAGAAAUCUAUGGUAAAAACCUGAUACCUCCAAAGAAGCCAAAAACCUUCCUGCAGCUGGUAUGGGAGGCCCUGCAGGACGUCACCCUCAUCAUCCUGGAGAUCGCCGCCCUGAUCUCCCUGGGGCUCUCCUUCUACCACCCUCCCGGAGACAGCAGCGGAGAAUUCUGUGGCGCGGGUGGAGGUGGGGUAGAGGACGAGGGCGAGGCGGAUGCCGGCUGGAUCGAGGGCGCAGCUAUCCUGUUGUCUGUGGUGUGUGUGGUACUGGUAACAGCUUUCAACGACUGGUCGAAGGAGAAGCAGUUCCGUGGGUUGCAGAGCCGCAUCGAGCAGGAGCAGAAAUUCCAGGUGGUCCGCGGCAGCCAGGUCAUACAGCUGCCUGUGUCAGACAUAGUGGUGGGGGAUAUUGCACAGAUCAAAUACGGAGAUCUGCUUCCUGCUGAUGGAGUGUUGAUCCAGGGCAAUGACCUGAAGAUUGAUGAGUCAUCACUGACCGGAGAGUCCGACCACGUCAAGAAGUGUGCAGACAAAGACCCCAUGCUGCUGUCUGGCACCCAUGUGAUGGAGGGCUCAGGGCGCAUGGUGGUGACUGCUGUUGGUGUCAACUCUCAGACUGGAAUCAUCUUCACUCUGCUGGGGGCCGGCACAGAGGAGGAGGAGAAGAAAGAAAAGAAAGGAGGGGCAGUUGAAGAUGGACACCAGAAUACAGACUGCUCCCAUCCCCCCAUCCACCCCAUCGCAACUAUAGCCACGGAUGGGGCUGCAGGCAUUAAUGCCCCUGGCAGUGCCAGCCUAAUUAAUGGUAAAAUGCAAGAUGGCAAUAUGGAGAGCAACCAGAUUAAAGUCAAGAAGCAGGAUGGAGCCGCUGCUAUGGAGAUGCAGCCUCUUAAGAGUGCUGAAGGAGGAGAGUCUGAUGAGAAAGAGAAGAAGAAGGUGUCCACUUCGAAGAAAGAGAAGUCUGUGCUCCAAGGGAAGCUGACCAAACUGGCUGUCCAGAUUGGCAAAGCAGGUUUGCUCAUGUCAGCUGUCACCGUCAUCAUCCUGGUCCUGUACUUUGCCAUUGACAACUUUGUGCUGCAGAAGCUGCCUUGGUUGCCAGAGUGCACCCCCAUCUAUGUCCAGUACUUUGUCAAGUUCUUCAUCAUUGGUGUGACUGUGUUGGUGGUGGCCGUGCCGGAGGGGCUGCCUCUGGCUGUCACCAUCUCCCUGGCCUACUCUGUGAAGAAAAUGAUGAAAGACAACAAUCUGGUGCGUCACCUGGAUGCAUGUGAAACGAUGGGCAAUGCGACGGCCAUCUGCUCCGACAAGACAGGCACACUGACCACCAACCGCAUGACGGUCGUGCAGUGUUACAUCGGAGAUGUGCACUACAAAGAAGUACCAGAUCCUGGAGCUCUGCCAAACAAAUCAAUGGACUUACUGAUCAAUUCCAUCUCCCUCAACAGCGCCUACACCACCAAGAUACUGCCCCCAGAUAAGGAAGGCGGUCUGCCGAAGCAGGUUGGCAACAAGACAGAGUGCGGCCUGCUGGGAUUUGUCUUGGACCUGAAGCGGGAUUACCAGCCAAUCAGAAAUCAGAUCCCAGAAGAGAAGCUUUACAAAGUCUACACCUUCAACUCUGUCAGGAAGUCCAUGAGCACUGUCAUCAAAUUGCCUGAUGGGAGCUUCCGCAUGUACAGCAAGGGAGCCUCAGAGAUCGUCCUCAAAAAAUGCAGCCAUAUCCUGAGCGAGGUAGGGGAGUCGAGGGUUUUCCGUCCACGGGACAAGGACGAGAUGGUGAAGAAGGUGAUCGAGCCCAUGGCGUGUGAUGGCCUGAGGACCAUCUGCGUGGCGUAUCGUGACUUCCCCGGUGAUCCCGAGCCCGACUGGGAAGACGAGAACAGCAUCCUCAAUGAUCUCACCGCCAUCUGUGUAGUUGGGAUAGAGGACCCUGUCAGGCCGGAGGUGCCCGACGCUAUCAUGAAGUGCCAGCAAGCGGGCAUCACAGUUCGCAUGGUGACAGGAGACAACAUAAACACAGCCAGGGCCAUAGCCAUCAAGUGUGGGAUCAUCCACCCCGGAGAGGACUUCCUCUGCAUCGACGGCAAGGAGUUCAACAGGAGGAUCCGCAAUGAGAAAGGAGAGGUGGAGCAGGAGCGCAUUGACAAGGUGUGGCCUAAACUCCGAGUUCUGGCCAGAUCUUCCCCAACUGACAAACACACACUCGUCAAAGGCAUCAUUGACAGUACCAUAGCAGACCAGAGGCAGGUGGUGGCUGUGACAGGAGACGGGACAAAUGAUGGACCUGCACUAAAGAAAGCUGAUGUCGGCUUCGCUAUGGGUAUCGCUGGUACAGAUGUGGCCAAGGAGGCGUCAGAUAUCAUUCUGACUGAUGACAACUUUAGCAGCAUCGUGAAAGCAGUAAUGUGGGGCCGGAACGUCUACGACAGCAUCUCCAAGUUCCUUCAGUUCCAGCUUACUGUCAACGUCGUGGCCGUCAUCGUGGCUUUCACCGGCGCCUGCAUCACACAGGACUCCCCCCUGAAGGCUGUGCAGAUGUUGUGGGUGAACCUGAUCAUGGAUACUUUUGCAUCCCUGGCCCUGGCCACAGAGCCUCCCACAGAGUCUCUGCUGAAGAGGAAGCCGUACGGUCGCAACAAGCCUCUCAUCUCCAGCACCAUGACCAAGAACAUCCUGGGACACGGAGUCUAUCAGCUCAUCAUCAUCUUCACACUGCUAUUUGUCGGUGAGAAGAUCUUUGACAUUGACAGUGGGCGUAAUGCUCCUCUCCACUCUCCUCCAUCCGAGCACUACACCAUCAUCUUCAACACCUUCGUCAUGAUGCAGCUCUUUAACGAAAUAAAUGCCCGAAAAAUCCAUGGAGAGAGGAACGUCUUCGAUGGUAUCUUCAGGAACCCCAUCUUCUGCACUAUUGUAUUUGGCACCUUUGCUAUGCAGAUUGUGAUUGUGCAAUUUGGAGGGAAGCCAUUCAGCUGUCAGCCUCUGAACUUGGAGAAGUGGAUGUGGUGUGUUUUCCUCGGGCUGGGAGAGCUUGUUUGGGGACAGGUGAUAGCCAGCGUCCCCAACAGCAGGUUGCGCUUCCUGCGGAGGGCAGGCCAGUUAACUCGCAAAGAUGAGUUACCAGAGGAGGACGUGAACGAAGAUAAUGACGAGAUUGACCACGCAGAGAGGGAGCUGAGGAGAGGACAGAUCCUCUGGUUCAGAGGACUCAACCGCAUUCAGACUCAGAUCCGCGUUGUGAAUGCAUUCCGUAGUUCCCUCUAUGAAGGCCUGGAAAAACCAGACUCCAGAACAUCCAUCCACAACUUCAUGACACACCCCGAGUUUAGGAUAGAAGACUCCACGCCCAACAUUCCCCUCAUCGACGACACAGACGAUGACUCCGCUCGGAGGAGGGGGAAGUACUCCAGCCAGCCCUCGUCGCCCAACAAGAAUAACAACGCCAUCGACAGUGGCAUCAACCUCACCAUCGACACCAGUAGAUCAGCCGCCUCCUCCAGCCCCGCCAGCCCUCUUCACAGCCUGGAGACCAGCCUCUAACCCCCAUCCUCACCUCCGCUCUGACCUCUAAAGUUGUUUCCUUGCAGUCUGGGGGCUACAUCUCCAAUACCUCCACACAUUUAACUGCAACCCCAAAAAUCCCCCCUGUCCAGUCCCCCAAACCCCAUUUACUCCCCUACACAGGACAGGCCAUGUGGCAGAAUCCCCUCCCCCCACCACCUUUAACCUUGAGCUCUUAAAGUUCUCCGCUCCUCUUGAAAAGGGGGACUUCUAAAGUAAUAUGGCAAGGUGAAAAGAAAACUUGAUCAUACAAUCAAAAAAGCGCAACAAAGCCACAAAACCUACACAGCCAUCCUGCUUUUGUGGUUGUAUGUGUACCGUGGCGGCCGGGGGGGGGGGGGGGGGGGGGGGGUUGUGUGUAUGGGACUAUAUGCCUGUUAGCAUGUACUAAAUUAAAGGUGCCGCUGACUGCACAUAUGUAUGAAGUGUGUCUUGAGUGGCACCGGGAGGAGGACCUUGAGGAGGGAGACACUGCUGAGGAGCAAAAACACAAAACAGGACGGACUCUAAACUCCCCUUACACUCCCCCUCCUCAUCAAUAACAUUGUCAAUACUGAUAAUAGUUUAAAUUAAAUUGAGAAACAUUGUUAUUAUUAUGAUUCUGAUUCUGAUUAUUAUUGUUAUUAUUAUUGUUGCUCCUGCAUGAAUGUACAUUACCCAAGUUUUAUUUAAAAGGGUUUUAAUUUUAUUGGAGUUCUUUCGUUCUGAUGGGCUAGGCCUCGUGGCGGACUGCUAUUUUAAAGACGGCUUCUCCGAGCUCCUGGCCUGCAAAGGUCCCUCCUCUGUGUGGCAUGAACAUGUACCCGACUGUAAAAAUUUGUUUCAUCCAUAAACAGAAAUGUGUUACGAGGUGGUAGGGCUCAACUUGCACAGUAGUUUUGCACCUGUCGGAAAAGAGGAACGCAAGAUAAUAAUGAUGAUGAUAGCAUUUAUGGGAUAUAUUCUAUAAAUAUAAAUACAUAUAAAUAUAUUUAGAGAGAGUUUAUCUUUGUUUGUCGGCAUGUUGCCUUGUUCCUGCUUCAAUGGCUCAAAAUACUUUGACUUAUUUAUGUCUUAAAGAGAAUGUAAUUUGUUUACAACCUCGUAGAGAUAAACUUCCUGGUUUCUAGAAGGACAGGCGGAGCUGAAGCUCAGAAGGACCAGAGCUGUGUUGAUGUGUUAUUACUGAAAAACCAUGUGCUGGAAUUUGCCUGCUAUCUUUUCAAUUAUUGUAGAUAUUUUUAGAGGAUUAACAAACAAAAAGAAACCAAAAUAUAUUGGGAUACGUAGUCAAUGUGGAAUCUUAGUAUUACUCUAUAUGAUUGUUGGGAUCAAGUAGGAGUGGCUUGCCUUUCUAAACGGAGGCCUCCUUUUUGUGACAGAGGGGGAAUAUUUAAUUCUUUUUUUCACUUCUCUUUUUUUUAUUGUGUUUUUUUUCUGUGCUUCAGCACUGGCCUGGGGUCAGGGCUCGAGUCAAAGGCUGAUAUCAGGACCUUUACAGUGAACUGUCUUCUAGAUAAACCUGCUUGUUCAAAGGACUUGAUGUUUUAAAAUGUGUGUGACCAUCCAAAAGGCUGCAAUCGAGUCAUAUUAGAAAUCUGCAGAGUUAUAUUUGGCUUACCUAUGCCGCAUGGAAUUCCAACUUUUAGUUUUUGUUAAAAAUUUGGAAUAUAUUGUGUUGUUUAUUUUUUUAUUUAAUUUAGAUUUAUUUCCAUUUCCUCUAGCAGCGUGCGCACGCAGCUCCACGAAGCUGUUGGCAUUUUUAACAUCUAUAAAAGAAAAAAAAAGGAAAACUGACACACAAAAAAACUAACUUACAACAAACAUGGAAUGUUGCUUUGACUCUUUUAUAUAUAUAUAAAAAAGACGAUCCUUUUCUGCACUAUCUGGUUAUGAAUGAAAUCUUCUGUGGUGUAAUUCUAGAUGUGCUUUUGUGUGUUUUAACCAAGCUUGUCUUCCUGCCGUCACAGAAUAUACAGUACUCUAGCAUCUCAACUGUACUCACUAGUUGUAAACUAUUUAUUGUGCUUUGACCAAUCAGACAUUACAGAGAGAAGUUACAUACAGAAGACACAUUUACCCAGUCUUAUUGCACUCUGAAGGACAAGGCCACUUAACUAACCUGUACUAUUGUUAUUUCUAAUACUAACCGAAGUCAUUGGCAAGCAUGACGUGAAAGGCUCAUUAUGCAACUUGAAAAAAUAGACGAUUUUUCUACUUAAAAAAUAUCCUAUAUAGUACUUCAGUAUAUACAAUCAUUUAUCCAAAUUUAUGUUUCCUUUUUUCUAUCCUCCUCCUCUGUCAUUUCUAAGUCGAUCCGUCCAUCUGGAGAGGGUGCACAAGCUUUACCAGUCAGCUCAGGCGUGUUGAAAAAAUAACAUGGACCAUUUCAAUAUACUGUCUUAUUUAAGUUGGGGGAAAAAACAGUCUGGAUUCUGAUAUUCUGCUUAGAAGCUGUUGAUUUAUUUUGUUUCCUUUCCAAUGUUUUAACUUGACAAUUUAUUUGUUUAUUUGUCUGUAAAAAAUGAAAAACAAUAAACAAAACAAAAAAACAGCAACAACAGCAUUUUCAAUAAAAAAAAGAAAGACUAAAGCCAACCUUCUCCAACCACUUUUACAUCCAGGAGGACAUUCAGCUUUAAGAGGAUGCAAAGACGACAAGUUUAAAAAUAAUCUUUGUAAAUACAGCAAUGAGUCCACUGAGGACAGAAACUCCAUGCGGACUGGUGUGAAAACAGGAACUCUUCCUGACUACAUCUACUACACCUUCCAUCAUGCACCACAACUCAAGUCAUACUGCCGACACAGCUGUUUGGCUGUAUGUAAUCAAUCACUGCUCCUGUCAGAAACACUUCAGAACAUCAUGAUUACAUCCGAGUGAAAACACGUUGUAACAGCCAAUAAUUAUGUUGAUGAUGACACUGGCAAUGAUGGUGAUGAUGAUGAUGAUUAAGGAUGAUGAUGAUGAUGAUAUCAAUGAUACUUCUUGCAAUAUACUCUCACCUGCCUCGAUGUACUGUAUUUAGCAGCAUGCAGUUUGUGGAACAAAGAAAAAGAGAAAUGCCAACAGAUAACUUUUUGGCAUACUUAGCCAUUUAUGGGUAAGUGAUUUAAGUGUUCAUCUUGUUUUUAUGAUAUUUUUUUUAUCUAUACAAUAAUUGUAAAUAAAGAACUCAAUGUCUUUGUUCAUUUAAUACUAUGCAAAAAGUCAUGCUUUUCUGAUUGUUACCCACCCUUAAUCCUAGAGUGUGUUGCUGGAAUGUUUGUGGUCUCAAAAGUCAGUAAAACAAUGUGAUGUAAAUUAUUUUCUAGCUUGAGGAAAAGUUAAAUGAUGAUGAAAAUGAUUAUUAUGAUGCCAUGAGGACGUUGACAACAAUAGUGGUGACAGUGAUGAUGAUGAUGAUGAUGAUGGUGGUGGUGAUGAUGAUGAUGAACUGUGACUCUUGCUGCUUGACUGUCCCAUUUACCACACUCCUGACAGGAGCGCAAGUGAAAACCAUAAUAAAAACAAAAAAAAGAAAAAUCACUUAAUAAA